AUGCAGUUCAAUCUGAGGUUGGAUGGUUGCUACUUGCUUUUUAAGCCCAAAAGGAAACUGAAUAUAUCGAUUGAAGAAAUACCAUGCCUCGGAGGGAUCAGAUCCCCUGAAAGAAAGGAGGUGUCAUGGGCCAAACUGGGACGAGUUGACUCACUCAAUUUGGAAGCUGGAAGGCUUCUCUUCAACAAAACCCAUUCCUCACAGACAAGCUGGAGAAGAACAUUGAGUUUAGCAUUCCAAAGCAUAGGAAUAAUAUAUGGGGACAUAGGGACGUCACCCUUGUAUGUGUAUGCCAGCACUUUCACUGAUGGUCAAAUUCACAACACUGACGACAUCAUUGGAUGUCUCUCUCUCAUUAUCUAUACCAUUUUGGCUGUUCCCUUCAUCAAGUACAUCUUCAUUGUGCUUUGGGCCAACGACAAUGGGGAAGGUGGUACAUUUGCUUUGUAUUCGUUGCUAUGCCGAUAUGCGAAGCUGAGUUCACUCCCAAAUAGGCAAGCAGAGGACACACAAGUCUCCAAUUACAAACUAGAAACGCCUUCGAGCUCACUCAAAAGGGCUCAAAAGGUGAAGUCAACUCUCGAGAAUAGCAAAUGGGCCCCACUUGUAAUAUUCUUUGUUACUAUCAUGUCAACCUCCAUGGUAAUUGGAGAUGGAAUUCUUACACCUGCCAUUUCAGUGCUUUCAGCAGUAAGCGGGAUCAAGUCUCUUGGAGAAAAUGCUGUUGUUGGGAUCUCUGUAGCAAUCUUAAUCGGACUGUUCACAGUGCAACGUUUUGGGACAGACAAAGUGGGGUCCUCGUUUGCCCCAUUGGUGUUGGUGUGGUUCUCCUUCAUUGGGGGCAUAGGUCUCUACAACUUAUUCAAAUAUGAUAUUACUGUUUUGAGAGCUUUUAAUCCCCUCUAUAUUGUCGAUUACUUCAAAAGGAAUGGCAAGAAAGGUUGGAUUUCUCUUGGUGGAAUCUUUUUGUGCAUUACAGGAACUGAGGCAAUGUUUGCGGAUUUGGGCCACUUCAACGUAAGAGCAGUCCAGAUUAGCUUCUCUUGUGUGACAAUGCCAACACUAGUUUGUGCAUACAGUGGUCAAGGGGCAUACCUUAGAAAGUUCCCAGACGAUGUAUCAGAUACCUUUUACAAGUCAAUACCUGACCCAUUGUACUGGCCAACAUUUGUGUCUGCGGUAGCUGCUGCUAUUAUUGCCAGCCAAGCUAUGAUUUCUGGGGCAUUUUCUAUAAUACGACAGUCUGUAAGUUUGAGUUGUUUUCCAAGAGUGAAGGUUAUGCAUAAAUCUUCCAAUUAUGAAGGUCAAGUCUACAUACCUGAGAUCAACUUCAUUCUUAUGCUUGCUUGUGUCAUUGUCGUUGCUUCUUUCAGAACCACAGAAAAUAUUGGCCAUGCUUAUGGAAUCGCUGUGUGCACUGUGAUGGUUGUAACGACCUGCAUGGUCACUCUCAUUAUGCUUGUUAUAUGGAAGACAAGUAUAUGGUGGAUCGCUCUUUUCUUUGUGGUUUUCAUUUCGAUAGAGAUAGUUUAUUUAUCAUCUAUGCUAACUAAAUUCACUCAAGGAGGCUUUCUUCCACUACUACUUGCCUUGUUCUUGAUGACCUUGAUGGCCAUAUGGCACUACACAAAAACACAAGAGUACAUGUUUGAGGUGAACCACAAGGUCUCAGGUGAACAUCUGAGACAGCUAGUAAACAACCAGGCAACACGGCGAAUUCCCGGUGUAGCGCUCCUAUAUUCCGAGCUUGUUGAAGGCGUUCCUCCAAUCUUCUCUCACUUCCUUGCCAAUGUACCAUCCAUUCAUUCUGUUGUAGUGUUUGUGACCUUAAAGUCCAUCCCUGUCAGUAGAAUUGCAUUGGAAGAGAGGUUCCUAUUUAGACAAGUUCAGCCAAAAGAGUUCAGAAUUUUCCGCUGUGUUGCCAGGUUUGGUUACAAUGAUCUAAUCAAUGAACACUCGGAGUUUGAGCAACAAUUAAUUGAGCAACUAAAGGAGUUCAUUCGUCAUCAAAGUCUUUCUACAGAUCUUGGGGGAGCAGAAUUAAGCAAUAGUACUGAUCAUCAUCGCCGUAGUGAUGGAAAAUCUUAUUCCAAUCGAAUAGUCCCAUCAUCAAUCCCAACACCAGAAGAUGAUUCUAUUCUUGCUGAAGAUGAUCCUGUUCACUCAAGUAGAACAGUGAAGUCAUCGACAUCAAUAAUCUCUAAUCCUAAUAUAGUUCUUGUAGAAAAUAAUAAUGCAGAAGAGGAGAUAGGGUUUGUGGAGAGAGCCAAGGAGAAAGGUGUAGUAUAUUUGCUGGGAGAAACUCAAGUAAUGGCACAGCCUCAGUCAUCGUUACUCAAGAAGAUAGUUGUCAAUUAUGUCUACAGUUUCUUGAGGAAAAAUUUUAGACAAGGACAAGAUUUAAUUGGCAUCCCACAUUCUAAGCUUCUCAAAGUUGGAAUGACAUAUGAGAUAUGAUGUAAGUGCUCAAAUGAAUACACUCAUCUAGACAUGUUUUUCUGUGUAUUGCACAGAAUCUGAGAUGGCUUGCUGUAGAUUUUGAUUAUCUUAUGUGUGUGUUAUGUAUGUGUCUAUGAGAGAGAGAGAGAGAGAGAGAGAGAGUGUGUGUGUGUGUGUGUGGAAUCUGUACUUUGAAUGGUUUGGCUAGUUGGAAGUUACUUUAUUAA